CGACCUAAGAAAGUUGGGUCGCGUGACAAAAUAUCGUUCCGCAAUGACGUUUGUAAAUUAUUGCACCAAUCAAAUUGACAGCUUAUGUCCGCAUAAGCUAAGCAUUAAACACAUUUUUUGAUCUGAACGAUAUAUAAACCAAACACAAUCCCUAGAGUGCACUUUAUCAAAAUUCUUUAUUUUAUUAUAAACAACUUACAUUAAUUUUAAAACACUAUGAAAAAAACACCUGGAACAAAUAAUUUCCGUGCAAAACCUGCUUUACCGCCUCAGGAGCAAACGUGUGUGUUCUGUAAAUACAGUACAAUUAAUCGACACUCUUUUAAAUUGCAUCAAAGAUCAGGACACCACUUAGAACUUCUGGAGGCGAUUCAGUCCAAUCAAGGACCACUACCUACCAAUGACAUCCAACAACAUUUUAGGAAUACUUUUGACGAACAACCUACUAUCCCGCUAAGCGAAUCUCAUGAUUAUGAUGGUGACGGUGCUGAUGAUGGGCGUGAUGAUGGUGAAGAAGAAUUCGAUGGUCGUAAUGCCUUUGACCAUUUCAACAAUGAUUUUAACAACGGAGGGGAAUCUGAUGAUAAUAGCGAAUCUAAUAAACCUCCCGUUCCUGUUAACGAGGUCAACAACGGCCCUGAUAUUGAUGGUGGUGGUGGUGGAGAUGAUGGUAAUGAUGAAUAUCUUGAUUUGAGUGGUGAUUCUGGUAGCUUUAAGUAUUCAGAAGUCCAAAUCAAAUCAGUUCUUGAUUUUGGUAAAUAUAUGGCUGAAAUUGCAAUCAAAAAGUACAGAGCUCAACUAGCUUUGGAUCCUUCUGAUGUUAUUUAUGAUUUCUGUGGUUAUCCCACUCCCCACAACGUUUCCAGAUUUCACAAAUCCAAGAAAAGUUGUAUACCUUGUUUUCCUCAUGCUCCCCGUUGUGCGAAAGAUGAUAACGGCGGACUUCUUGUCGAACCUACUGAACCUGCCACAUCAACUAGCACAUCUGUUACUGCUACCGCAGCUGACGCCUCUGCUCCUGCUCCUGCCUCUACCUCUUCCCCUGCCUCUACCUCUCCUUCUGCCACUGAUCCUGCUGCAACAACAAAUACAACUGCUUCUACACCCGCUGAUCCUGUUGUUGUCGCAUCAAAGCCUGACUUGUUUCUCAAUGAUGUAUCUGAACACUUGCGACUUCUCGUAGGUAAUCCCUGUAUGUCUGGUUUCCUGUCAGAUCUUCCUGAUCGAACACCCAAACAACGAAUCAAGCUCAAUCAAGGUGAAAAGUGGAGUUGUGAUAGAUUGUUUGAGCGUCCCAUGAUAAUUACUGGUCGAAAUCUUCAACUCUGGGUAUCGGAUAAAGUCUCUUUGCUGUCUGAGAGCAAUAUUCCUCUUCAAGAUCGCCAUUAUUUUAAAGUGGCCAAGAUAUUCCAAAUAUCAAAAGUUGUGAACGUUGAUUUGUAUCCAAUUAAAUCCGAUAAUAAUCUUGAAAUGUGCUGUUUAUACGACAUCCUUCUUAACUAUCCCUUAACUGACCUUGACAUCAAUAAUGUGUUUCGUGCCGAACAUGAAUCCUUCGAUGCAUUUACCAGCUUACAACAUAUAAAUGGUGACGAUUAUCAUUGUUCUAGAGAUGUUGUUGCUAAUACUUGA